AUGCCGGUGAAUGUCCCCGAAAUCAGCCAUAGGGGCUAUGGAAAACAAGACUUCGAGCGAUUCGAUAACCUCGGCGUGAAGCAUGCGUCCAUUGCGACGUCGUCGAUUGGAAAAGUCAAAGUCAACUGCAAGUUUCUCUUUGCCAAAUCACAAUGGGGCGUGCUCUCGGAAGAUGAGAAUCCCGCUGGGGUCAUCUACCUAGACCUCAGCUUCAUCCAACCCGAUGAUUGCCGGCUGAAAAGCGCGGUUGUAACGGUUUCUUUGGACGAGGAACAUGAUGGUCUGCGUGCACUGUCGUCAUCAGAGCAGCCCAAACCAAGCAUUCCUGUACAGAUAAGCUCUUAUGGACCCCAGCAAUUCCAAGGACAGGCCAAACGCGCAAUCAGGACAGAUCGCAUCAGUCUGAAACCAGAAGUUACAGCAAUGGGUUUUGGCGGAGGAGGAAUUGGACCCGAAUCCGAAAAGACAUCCAUCGAAGAAGGCAUGUGGCAAUUUUCGAGCCAGCUUCUUCCCAAUGAGAAGAACAAAAAGAACCAUUGGGCGUAUCAAGUUCUCCGAUGGGAACUUACAGAGAACCAUCUGGCAAGGUCUUCCGAUCACAGCAAUACCAUCCAUACGGCAUUUUCUUUUGAGCACGAUGGGCAGCCCUUCUUCAUGCAAGUGGAAGUAAGCGGUCGGUUAGAAAGCCGUAAGGCCAAUUUGAAGAGAAGCUUAAAAGAGGUAAAGGGGAAAUUGGUUUUCCCGGCUGACCCAAGGAAUGCCCCAUCUGCCACAACAUUAAUCAACUUCGGAGGCCGCGAUAGGUUUCUUAAACCGUUAGAUGAGCUGUCAAGAGACCUUCCUUACGCCAUGGAGAUGGAGAAUCUGGACUCAGUACCAACCCGAAUUCCGACUUCACAACGACCAGUUUUUCACGGUGGAGAAACUAGCGGGCGACAGGAAGACUAUUCCAUCACAUUUCCAAACACCAACACUCAAGGUUAUGGUGAAGUACCUACGGCUAGUGAAAGAUACUCAUCCCAUUUGGAAUACGUACCCAAUAGAGCACCACUAUUGCAGCAGCCAAAAAUGCCUGGCCAAUUUCUCGAGGGAGAUGUUACACCGGUGAACGACCGAAUGAACAACAACCAACCGUCCACACUUCAUUCCUCAAGGGAUGGAAGUAAUGUUGGGCACAAGACUCAAAUCCACGAUCGUACGGAACCAACCACAGACAACUUGGCUUACUUUGCUUUUAACUCUAUAUCGCCACCACCUACCCGCAGUGCACGAAUACGACCGACAGCACGAAGCACGCGAGCUUCCCGUUAUAGGAAAGCAGAACCAGUCGGUGGGGAUAAAACAAUGCCAGUUAGGCGAGAUCUAUCUGCCAAUUUAUCCGCAUUUCUCCGGAAUGAAGACACUGAAGUGUCAGAGAUAUCCUCUGUCACCGUUGUGGACCACAGCCAAGUCGGGAGCACAGGGCAGUCUGAUGGUGCAUGGCCAAAAAGGUCCGAGGGCGAUUCUGAACCCGAGUCCCUUCUUAUAUUUCUAAUCUCUUGGCUUCUCAAACAGAUUCCGGGCCUACUUCUCGUGUUCUCAAGCUCUUGGGGCGUAAACCUAGCGCACUUUGUAGGUAAUAGUGCACCAGGAAUGCCGUUGAACCGAGAGCUUAAAAACACGCAGGACUAUGGACUCGACAACCCAACACACCACCAGAAGUAG